AUGGCCGACGCAGAUGAGCUCGGACGGAGCGUUGCGCUGCUCUUGCGUGCGUUGAUCUCCAGAGCAUUGCAUGUCAAACUCGACAAGACGGCCCUGUUCCUCGCAGAGCAGCUACACGCACUGCGACCCAGCGACGAGAUUGCAACUUUCUGGCUCGCACGAUGUCUCGUCGUCGACGCAGAGCCUCACGCAGCCCUACAUCUGCUGCACAAUACUCAAGUCCACGCGAGCCAGAGCGGGGCGAGUACGUCGACAUGGGCAUCAAGCUCGACGCAACACCUCACGCCUGCAUUCUCGCGUCGGGCGGGCAAACAGCCAGGUCAUCAGGCCACUGAAGCGGCGUACGGCGCCAGUGUGAGAUGUGCAACGGUCUACGCUCAGGCUUGUCGAGCCAUCGGGCGCGCGAAAGAAGGGCAGGCUGUCCUGUCUGCGGCCAAGCGACAGAGCCUCUUGCAUACUAGCAUUGCCGACCCCGAGACGCUCGUGGACGACAGAGUGGAGCUGGACUUGCCAAUGCAGCUCGACCCGACAGAUGCGAGUAUACAUUUCCAGCUCGGCCAGCUUGCACAGGAAGCGCAAGAGCCAGAUGAAGCUGUCAAGCAUUAUCGUGAUGCGCUCGAGUCCUGCUGGUACUGUUGGGACGCCUACGAGGCUUUAUGUCGGCUGGGUCGACCGCCUCAUCUCGAGGCAGUACUUGGACCGAGCGUUCGGCCACCUGCACCUUCCGCCACAACGCAAUGGGCAGAGGCUAAAAGGCCUGCCACGCGAUCAAAGGAUUGGCAGUCCGUCUUCAGCCUGCCUCAUCCCGGCGCGCCCAUUGAUACCGGCAACGAGCUCGGAUUAAACGACUCUUUCUCGAACUCGUUCGACAUGUCCUAUCUCAACAUGGCGACAUCAGCCGCUGCAGCAACACAGGUCAAGCCGCUAUUGCAGACUCGACACAGUCAUUUUGCUACUGCUCCGACUGUGCGCGAGACGACUGAAUUGGCAACAUUACCACCACUGAGCAGAAGCGAUCCUGCAAGCACACUGCCUGCCGGGCCCCUCUUCACGCCCACUGCGCCCGCACCUGCUGUGUCUCGACCGCCACCGCCGUUGAAGCGGCCGCGCUCAAACAUCAGCUCAGAGACCAAUACGCCGCCCAUGAUGCCAGAUUUCCAGAUAGACUCCUCUUUGCCUCGGCCAAGUCGAGCAGGCCCGGACGGCAAUCGCAAAACACUCGGCGUCGGACUCAACUUGCCUUCGAGCCACCUCAUGCCAGACAUUGAUGGAUCUGGCCCACAACAACGCAAAACAAGCCUUCAUCGUGUCAUCUCUGCCGGAUCUGGGGAAGUCGCGCCCGGCAGGCUGGAAAGUAAGCAGACUUCGAGGCUGCCUUCUGACACGCGAGACCUCAAGCGACCCAAGAGAAGCGAUCGCAGCGACAACAAAAGCUCAACCUCGCAGGACACGGCCAAACAGACGAACGGACAUCAUUCAGAAGUAGAUAGCGCCUCUUCGCCAGAACUGAUCAAACCGGAAACUAAAGCAAAGUCAGGUCCGGUUCAGCUCGAAGGCGCAUCAUCUUGGCUAAAGGGCAUCGUCCAUGGUUUUGCGCAAGCCCAAUCUCAUUUGGCAAAGUACGAAUGCGAAUCUGUCAUCAGCACCAUCUUUGCUCUCCCGUGCGAACAGCGCAACACAUUCAGAGCAUGGAUACUGCUAGCUCUUGCCCGUUUCGAAUCGAUCGACUAUACCGCAGCAGACCGCGCGUUUGCCAAAGCACGCGAGCUGUCACCGUACCAUGUUAAGCAUAUGGAUAUCUACUCGAGCUUGCUCUGGCAUCUGCAAAAGCCAGCUUCGCUGUCGUUCAUCGCUCAAGAAGUCAUGUCAUUCGCGCCUUCGUCCGCAGAAGCGUGGAUAGCGACAGGAAACGUGUUCUCUUGGGGCGAAGACCAUCAAAGCGCAUUGAAAUGCUUCAAAAGAGCUCUGCAGGUAAGUCCAGAGUGCAUAUUGGCCUAUACGCUCGCCGGUCACGAAGCCCUCGCGCUCGAGGAAUGGGAGCACGCAACUUCUUUCUAUCGUGAAGCCGUCAAGAAGGAUAGGGUCUCUUAUCGUGCCUGGUACGGUCUCGGCAAUACCUACAUGAAAACCGGCAAAUUCACGUUGGCUGAAUAUCACUUCCGUCGAGCUGCGUCUAUCAAUCCGAGCAAUGCUCUGCUCGUCUGCUGUAUCGGCAUGGCACUCGAAAAGCUUGGCAAGCGCGUGCAAGCCCUUGAGCAGUACGAUGCUGCUUGCCUGCUUGCGCCAACUUCCCAGGCUGUCAAAUUCAGACGAGCUAAAGCAAGGAUAGCAACGCGUCAAUUCGAGCCUGCAUUGCGAGAUCUGCUCGAUCUGAAAGACGAAGCGCCAGAUGAGUUCAAUGUGCAUUACAUGCUUGGAAAACUCUACGGUGCUAUGGGCGAUCGAACCAAGAUGACUCGGCAUCUUACGUACGCGCAAGACCUCGAUCCCAGGUCUGCGGGAAGGUGCGUGCAGUCUGGCUGCACGAAGGACUAG